AUGAAGGUCGGAUUCGUCGGUGUUGGAUUCAUGGGCCGUCACAUGGCACGAAACGUGCUGAACGGCGGGCAUGAAAUGAAAGUGUACGAUUUAAAUAGAGAUGCGGCUGACGAAGCGCUGUCUUUGGGUGCGACUUGGGCAAACAGCCCUCGCGAAGCCGCCGAAGGUAGUGAAGUCAUUUUCACGUCACUGCCAACUCCGCAGGUUGUCGAGGAAGUCGCCUCUGGCGAGGGUGGUGUGUUCAGCGGAGCGAGUAGAGGAAGUGCGCUGUUCGACCUCAGCACCACGGAUCCCACCACCAUUCAACGCAUUGCCACUCGUGCCGAAGCAAGUGGCAUCGAACUCCUCGACGCGCCGGUAUCGGGAGGCACAGGCGGCGCCGAAGCCGCUACCCUUUGUGUAAUGGUCGGGGGAGACCGGGAUACCUAUGACCGGUAUAAGCCCGUCCUCGACCUUAUUGGGGACAAGGUCAUGUACUGUGGCGGUCUGGGAUCAGGCGCAGUCUGCAAAAUCGUUAAUAAUCUAGUGGGAUUGAGCGUGGGCGUGCUGCUCUCCGAGGCGUUCUCGAUGGGUGUCAAGUGGGGCGUCGACGCACAGACUCUGUACGAAGCGGUGUCGGGCAGCUCCGGCAACACGAACUCGAUGCACGGUUUCCCGAACGGCAUAUUCAGGCGAAACUUUGAGCCGGGGUUCGCACUCGACCUCGCCGCCAAAGACGUCGGUCUUGCUACCCAACUCGGACGCGAGUUGCGGGUUCCCAUGGAGAUGUCCAACAUCGCCCAGCAGCGCUACAUAGACGGCCAGAAUCGGGGAUUUGGCCGGAUGGCCGCGGGAGCCGUCGCGAUUGUCCAGGAGGAGAGGGCUGGCGUCGAGAUUGCACCCAAGCAGUAG